GUGGUGAUAAGAAAACGUACGAAAACCGGCUCUGAAAAUGCGUCUGAUAAUCCUCGACACGGCCCAGUACGUCGGCGAGUGGUCCGCCAAGUACGUGAUGAAGCGGAUCAACGAUUUCAAACCCGGUCCGGAUCGGUACUUUACGCUCGGUCUCCCGACCGGUUCCACCCCGCUCGGCAUGUACAAAUACCUGAUCAAGUUCCACCAGGAGGGUCGCGUUUCGUUCAAGUACGUCAAGACGUUCAACAUGGACGAGUACGUGGAUCUGCCACGGGAUCAUCCGGAGAGCUACCACUUCUUCAUGUGGCACAACUUCUUCAAGCACAUCGACAUCGAUCCGGAGAACGUGCACAUCCUGGAUGGUAACGCGCCCGAUCUGGUGGCCGAGUGUGAUGCGUUUGAGGAGAAGAUUAAGGCGGCUGGUGGGAUCGAGCUGUUUAUCGGUGGCAUUGGGCCGGAUGGGCAUAUUGCGUUCAACGAGCCGGGAUCUUCGUUGGCGUCUCGGACUAGGGUGAAAACACUCGCCCAGGACACGCUGGAAGCGAACGCACGGUUCUUCGGUAAUGAUAUCAGCAAAGUACCACGUCAAGCCCUGACGGUCGGUGUGGCAACGGUGAUGGACGCACGUGAGGUGAUGAUCAUGAUCAUCGGUACGCACAAGUCCUUCGCGCUGUACAAGGCGAUCGAGGAGGGCGUCAAUCACAUGUGGACGGUGAGCGCCUUCCAGCAGCACCCGCACACGAUCAUGAUCUGCGAUGAGGACGCGACGCUGGAGCUGCGUGUAAAGACCGUCAAGUAUUUCAAGGGUCUGAUGGAUGUACACUCGAAACUGAUCGAGGAUGAUGCCCCGAAGUAGUAAGUAUGGCCGGAUCGGUGCAAACAAAAGCCAGGAAGCGCCAGAGCGGACCGGAACAUAGCAGAUCCGAAAGUAAAUUUCCCAACCCGGGGGAAAAAUAGAAUACACAAGAACCAUAUCUACCUAAGCAUCAGAGGGGCGUAGCGUGGAGCAGGACGAUCGUGCUCGCUCGUCUAUUGCGGUGAUGGACUCCUCGAAUACGCAGCACGGAAGCGCGCUGUUUUAUCUCGUUACAAUUACUAUUUUUAAAGCGAAUGUAUUAGCGCCUCUCAUUUCUAGUGGGAUUGUUAAUGUUAUAACAAUUUUUGCCUUAUUUUAGCCAAAAACACAAUAAACGGUAUUCCAUAAAAUCGUGAACGCGCUUUUCCUGCCUUCGCGUUAUUAUCGCCAAAUUUU